CGCCGCCGCGCUCUCUGUUCCGCUCCGCUCCGCUCCGCUCCACGCCGCGCCGAGAGGCCGUCCGUCAGCCGUGCAGUGCCGUGCACCACUUGCGUGCGCGCACGUGUGUACGUCGGUGUGUGUGUGUGUGUGUGCAUGGGUAGACUUUUUCGGUUUUCGAAGGACGCGCGACGAUGGUGCUCUCGCAGGAGGUGCUCUCGAAGGCGGAAGAGUUCGCCGACCAGGUAAUCCGCAAUGGAAAGCACGUGCUUCCGACGAUGGCGCGACUGUGCCUCAUCGCUACAUUCCUAGAAGACGGUUUGCGAAUGUGGUUCCAAUGGAGCGAGCAACGGGAGUACAUGGACGCCUCUUGGGGCUGCGGGAAAUUCCUGGCCACCGUCUUCGUCCUCGUAAAUCUCGUGGGACAACUCGGCGGCUGCAUCAUGGUGAUUGGCAGAUGGCGAGUCAGCAUAGCUUGCGGAGUCCUCUUCUUCAUCGUGAUCCUACAGACUAUUGCCUACAGCAUCUUAUGGGACAUGCAGUUCUUGUUCAGGAACUUGGCGCUGAUAGGUGCGCUCCUGCUGGUGGUGGCCGAGUCCCGAGACAAGGGUAGAUCGCUGUUCGCCGGUGUCCCCAGCCUCGGGGACAACAAACCCAAGAGUCUACUACAAUUGGCCGGCCGGAUACUGUUGGCGUGCAUGUUCAUGACGCUGAUCCGCUUCGAGAUAUCCUUCCUGCAGAUCCUCCAGGAUAUCGUUGGCAGCAUCUUGAUGGUGCUGGUGACGGUCGGCUACAAAACUAAGCUGAGCGCGUUGCUGCUCGUCGCUCUACUAACCGCAUUGAAUUUCUACCAUAACGCGUGGUGGACCAUUCCCGAUUACAAGCCACUCAGGGAUUUCCUCAAAUACGACUUCUUCCAGACACUAUCAGUCAUCGGUGGCCUUCUGAUGAUAGUCUCUCUAGGUCCAGGCGGUGUAUCGAUGGACGAGCAUAAAAAAGAAUGGUAGAAAUAAUUCUUAAAGAAAAUGGAGAAUGUAUCACUGGGUUGUUGUCACGAAAGCUAAAGUGAAUUAUCAUGUCUCCCAUCUUUGUCCCCGUGCGCGCUCCAAGAAAUCUUAGGCGAAUCGUACAUCAGAGAGAAAAGAGGUCCAUUGCAUGGAUAUCAUCAAUCUUGAAUGAUCAUUUUAUAUUGACUAAUCGGUUGAGUUUUUUUACAUUUUAACAUUACGACAGAAAACACUCAAAGACUUCGAAAUCAGUAAAACGAUCUACGAUAUUUUAGAAAGUAAAGCUAGAAUGAAAAGACACGGAAAACGUACACACACACACAUAUGAUGGUGUAUAAGGUAUAUAAGACGGUUAAUGGCAUUGUACAUACGACGCUGCAUCUGAUGUGGAUAAUGUGUUUUUUUUUCCAUGUAUUUAUAAUUUACCUAAUUUUAAUUGCGAACCGAACCGAUUGUUUCUAAAACUCGUUUUUCAACACCGGACACAUGCUUCCACGCUCCAGAAUCCAAGGUCUACGAAUUUCCAGAGAGAAGAGACCCGUUGACUAUAGUUUCGCUGUAAUCCCCCCUUUUUUUUAACUUAAUUGACUGUAAAUAGGUGUUCCAAACUUGUUUUAAUUGUGAAAUAUAAUAGAGAAAGAGCGGGUUGUUAAUGAGAAA